ACACAGCGCGGUCAAAUAUCAAACACAAACUGUGAAGUGCCACCGAUGAAUAAAUAGGUUGCCGAAGGUUAUUUUUACGCGCUCAUGUAACAUUGUGGACCCUUAUCACUAGGGCGACUAGUUGAGCCCCUUGUUGUUUGUGGUUAAUGACAGCUGUGUGACGCUCAUAGGCCAAACUGAAUUCUUCCCAGAUUGGCCCGGGGACUAUUUUUAGAGGGGGCUCAGUCAAACCGGAGGGGGGCUUUAAAUGUGGCUGCCUAUAGUCCUCUGUCUCUUCAACCAGCAGCCCACACCUUCCCCUCUAUCCUACUGCUCUCACGUCGGACAUGGACCCCCAGGGCCUGAGAGAGGACCUCCGGAUGUUCCAGAGCACCCUCCUCCAGGACGGGCUGAAGGAGCUCCUGAACGAGAACAAGUUUGUGGACUGUGCCCUGAAGGUGGGCGACCGGAGCUUCCCCUGCCACCGGCUCAUCCUGGCCGCCUGCAGCCCCUACUUCAGGGAGCUCUUCUUCUCCGAAGAGGGCGCCGAGGACGAGGCCGGGGAGAAGGAGGUGGUGCUGGAGGACGUGGACGCCGGCACCAUGGAGAUGAUCGUGAAAUACAUGUACUCGGCCGACAUCGACAUCAACGACGAGAACGUCCAGGACAUCCUGGCCGUGUCCCACCGCCUGCAGAUCCCCUCGGUGUUCACCGUGUGCGUGAACUACCUCCAAAAGAGGCUGAACCUGAUGAACUGCCUGGCGGUGUUCCGGCUGGCCCUGCUGCUCAACUCGCCGCGGCUGGCCGUGUCCGCCCGGGAGUGCGUGGCGCUGCACUUCGAGACGCUGGCCACGCAGGAGGACUUCCUGGAGCUGGGCCUGCGCGAGCUGCUGGCCAUCAUAGGCGCGGACGCCCUCAACGUGGAGAAGGAGGAGGCUGUGUUCGAGGCGCUGAUGCGCUGGGUCCGCAAGGACAAGGAGAGCCGCGCCAAGACGCUGGGCGAGGCCUUCGACUGCGUGCGCUUCCGCCUGCUGCCGGAGAAGUACUUCCUGGAGAAGGUGGCGAAGGAUGACAUCGUCACGGCCGACCCAGAGCUCGUCAAGAAGACCGCGCUCAUCAAGGACGCCUUCGGCGGGAAGCUCCCCGAGCUGAAGAAGGUGGAGGAGGGGGAGGAAGAGGACAGGCUGCCCGGGUUCCUCAGCGACCAGCGGCGGGUGGGCAUGUACAACAAGGACCUGCUGCUGAUGAUCAACGACGCGGUGGCCGUGGCGUACGACGGCGUGGAGAACGAGUGCUUCCUGGCGGCCGUGGCUGAGCAGAUCCCACGGAACCACGAGUGCCUGAGGACCAGGAAGAACCAGCUUUACGUCCUGGGGGGGCUGUUUGUGGACGAGGAGGACAAGGACGCCCCCCUGCAGUGCUACCUCUACCAGUUGGACAGUCUGGGGGGUCAGUGGACGGCUCUGCCUCCUAUGCCCUCCCCAAGAUGUCUGUUCUCCAUGGGGGAGUUUGAGAACCUCAUCUUCGCUAUAGCAGGAAAGGACCUGCAGUCCGACGAGUCUGUGGAUACCGUUAUGUGUUAUGACACUGACAAAAUGAAGUGGAGCGAAACCAAGAAGUUACCGGUGAUGAUCCACGGCCACAGCGUGGUCUCAGAGAACGGGCUGGUGUACUGCAUCGGAGGAAAGACCGACGAAAACAAAGCGCUGAGCAAGAUGUUUGCGUACAACCACAAGAAGUCGGAGUGGAAGGACGUGGCCGCUAUGCAGACGGCCCGCUCCAUGUUCGGAGCGGUGGUCCACAAGGGACGGCUCAUCGUGGCGGGGGGCGUGAACGAGGACGGGCUCACCAACUCGUGUGAGGCCUACGACUUCGGGACGAAUAAGUGGACGCCCUUCACAGACUUCCCCCAGGAGAGGAGCUCCGUGAACCUGGUCAGCUGUGGGGGUCUGCUCUACGCCGUGGGGGGCUUCGCCCUGGUGGAGCUGGAGAACAAGGAGUGUGGCCCCAGCGAGAUCACCGAUAUCUGGCAGUACGAUGAGGACAAGAAGGAGUGGACGGGGAUGAUCAAGGACAUGCGCUACGCCGCCGGAGCCAGCUGUGUGGCCAUGCGGCUCAACGCAGCCCGGAUGCCGAAGCUUUGAGCCCAGCUGCGGGGCCAGAAGGCCCAAGCUGUGAGGCCCGCUAUAGGCCUCUGAAGAAUAAGUCCCGCCUCCGAGGCUCCUGGUUCCGUCGGUCAAAUGUCUAGGGGUAACAACAUGGGGGUUUUCGAAUGAUCGUACAUAACAAACUCUGUAGGUGGCGAAGAAGUAGAAGCUGCGUCACGUUUUGA